CAGGGCAUCUGGGUAACUCUUACUUUUCCUAAACGGACAAGCGCAAAGAAAGCGCCAAGGCGCCUGCGCGCAAGCGCAGAGAUCAGGCGGCGCAUGUGGCAUCGCCCUGCGGAAACCCAGCCCUGGGCCCGCAGAAGGAGCAGGCUAGCUGCAACGAGAACGUCCCGUGCAUCGCCACCUUGGACUGCGAGUUUAAUGAUUGGUCCGCUUGGGGCGCCUGCAGCGCGGAGUGCGACGGCACUCAGAGCCGGGAGCGCGGCAUCGAGCACUACGGCAGCGGCGACGGGGCCUUCUGCCAGGGCUCGGUCCACGAGACCCAGCCCUGCCAAGCCGCGGGCGUGCAGUGCGAAUCGGAGCCCGUGGAUUGCGUGCUUGGAGAAUGGACCAACUGGAGUCCUUGUGACAAGGCCUGCGGCCGCGGGGAGAAGACGAGGUCCCGCGAGCUGGUCACUGAGCCCCGCGCCGGCGGAAAGGAAUGCGAGGGAGGCCUUAAGGAGCUCGCCACCUGCCUGGCAAAGCGCUGCGAAGAUGAGUGUGUGCCCACGGACUGCGUUUGGGGCGAGUGGUCGCAGUGGAGCUAUUGUUCCACCUGCUCGGAGGAUCGAGUGCGCGCGCGUGUCAUCGCGGUGCACCCGGCCUGUGGCGGCAGCGUGUGCCAACCUCACGCCACCGAGGAGGUUGGGGACUGCGCGGCAACCUGCCGCAACGAGCGCAUCUGCGAGUGGCAGGAGUGGGAGGGCUAUGGCCCCUGCUCCGUCUCCUGUGGGAAGGGGGUCAUGAAGCGCAGGCGGCAUCUCGCCCACCGAGGCUCAACAACGACCACCACCACAUUGGCGUUUGGGCUAGCAACUGUGGCUCCGCUGGCAACUGUGGCUCCAAUGGCAACUGUGGCACCAUUGGCAACCGUGGCUCCGCUGGCAACAGUGGCGCCACUCGCGACCGUGGCGCCACUGGCAACUGUGGCGCCGCUAGCAACUGUGGCGCCGCUGGCAACUGUGGCGCCAAUGGCGACUGUAGCCCCACUGGCAACUGUGGCGCCGCUGGCAGCUGUGGAGCCGCUGGCAACUGUGGCGCCACUUGCGACCGUGGCGCCACUGGCAACUGUGGCGCCGCUGGCAGCUGUGGAGCCGCUGGCAACUGUGGCGCCUCUGGCGACCGUAGCCCCACUGGCAACUCUGCCGCCGCUGGCAGCUUUGGAGCCGCUAGCAACUGUGGCUCCACUGGCAACUAUGGAGCCGCUGGCGACUCUAGCACCGCUAGCAACUGUGGCGCCGCUGGCAACUGUGGCGCCAUUGACACCACUGCGACUCUUUGACGAUGAGUCCGCGAACAAGUCCCUCAGCGAGCUGCUGGCCCAGUACGACGAGCUCAAAGCUUGGCAGUCGAAACACGCUUCCGGCUGGCAGGACCUCGCCCUGGCGUAUGCCGCUGGCUGUCUGAGCCUGGUGGCGCUGCUGGGCCUGGGUCGUUUCGUCCUGCGGCACGACGACCGGCCAAUGUCCUUGCUGCGACAAGAGCUGGUCUGAGGCAGCCUCGGCGGAUCGACGCUCGAACAGCGAGCGGCUCGUGGCACGAACGCGGCUCACCAAAACAUGGGUGCAGCUCCACCAGUGGUUCGCGCGGACAUGUUUUUGUUUACCCUUCCC